CGUGCGGGCCCGCCCUGCCUCUCCUGGGGGUGUUGUGUGAGGAUGGGACCCCGGGAGGUCUCCGUGCCGGUCGCGCAGCCCUCGGGCCGGUGUCUAGCCCGGCUUUCCGGGGAAAACCACUUCGGCCUUGGAAGGGCUGGCCCCCCCUGUGCCUUUUUCAUAUAAAUCCUUACGCUGCUAUUGCAUGAUGAUCCUUGUACGCAUGCGAUAUUGGAUAUAACAAAAUUGAUUAAAAAGAUGAGUGAAGAUUCUAACAGAAACUUGGAUAAAAACCAUGACAAGCUCAAUAAAAGAAGGCAGUGUCUGCUCUCCUGAUUCAACAGUAUCUUCUCUUUUAACAAGCUGUAGCAUUGACAGCAAUAAUCCAUACUCAAACAGCUUGAUUCUCUAUAAGGACAAGCUUUACAGCUCUGCAUCUGAGGCUUUGGAGGCUUAUAUUGAAGAUUUUGAUUUAAGUCUCACAUCUUCAGAAAUAAGCACUGGAAAAAUCUGCAUAUGUCAAAGCACUCCCAAACAAGUUAAGUUUUCAAAGCAUCAUGCCAAAGAAAAACAUGCAUUGGAUGAUUUUAAUCAGCGCGUAGAAUUGGGUUCUCUUGCUUCACCCUCUAGAAGGCAGAGUGAGUGUGACCCAGACUUGAUUAGUCUUGCGACGGAUGAUCUGUUAGCAUUUCCAGCAGAUGGAUCACUGCCCUUUGUCCAGCAUACUCCUUUUAAAUCAAGGCAUCAAAGUAGUGAGUGGAACAGACGGUCCCUUAAAACAUCUUUCUACCCUUACCAAACCUCAUCACUUGAUACUGAAAGCGGUUUCAGUCUCCAGGAGAAUGGCAAAGCUGUUGCUCACCAGAAUCCACACAAAGACUUCAGCAAAAAGAAACGCAGUGUGUGUACACCUGAUAGGUACAAUUCUGUCUCCUCUAAAGGAAGUUCAAGACCCUUGUCUUUUGAAGAGAACUCUAACACUUUUCCUUUUAAGAAUUAUCCAAGGUGGCUUACCAGUCAGAAGUCUGACUUAAGUGUAUCAGGGAUAAGUAGUAUUCCCAAUUUUCACUACCCAGUCUGGCUUAAGAGUUACAACCUUUUUUCUGAUUCAACUAAAGAAAGUGAUGGUCAAAAUUUUAAUAUACAAGGCAAAGCUUCCUCUUCACAAGCUUUUGAGAUCCUGAAAAAAAGACACUCUGUAGAUAAAGACAGUUCUAAUUUUUUUGAACAAAAGGGUUGCCUGGAUCUGAGAGAUGAUAACAAAGUAGAAGAAAGUUGCAGCUAUGACAGUCCAGAGGCAUGCUUCCCAUUUGAGAACUCAUUUUCGAGACACACUAAAAAGCUGUUCAGAGAAGACCAGCUUGAGCUACUUACCUUGAAGGCUGACAGAGGUCUGGAGAGUUCAAUUAAAGAUAUGUCAAAUACUCUGGAAAACGAUGGCAGUCCUUCUACAACAGAUAUACUAGGAGCAGAAAGAUCAUGGGAAAAUGCUCCAGGUGCUUUCAAACCACCAGUACCUGUGUGCUGUGAGGACAUGGAGAAUGCUCUACCAUUCCCCAAGGCAGAUAUCAUACAUAAAUUCUUGGAAGACUGUUUAAAUGACAAAAAUAAGGAAAAUACUGUUUCUGGAGGUCAUCAUCACAGGCCCCUUGAAGCUUUGAAGCUAAUGUUGUUUAAACUUCAAGCAAUUCAGGGAAGUUUAAGCCAGAAUGAAACUGCUGAGCAAAAGGAAGAGUUUGAAAAACUUUCUGAAAAAGCAGAGGCUGAAUUAAAACUGUGUGACAGUGAGGUAAUCCCUCUUACUAAUUCUAUUCAGAAGGCUUUACACCAUUUGUCACGUCUUAAAAGACUUGUUGAAGAUAACAGUAACCAACAAGAGCAGACUGAUGAUCAUGAAGAAGAUAAACAAGAAAAAAAGAAUAAUCUGUGAAGCUGAUAUCUAAGAAUAUUUUAAUAUUGUAUAAUUUAAAUAAUUUGUCAGCCUGACCACUGGUCAAAAUUUUUUUGAAAGCUGAACCAGGGCAUGUUCUCAAAUAUGUUGUAUUCAGUAUUUCUGUACGUAUUCGUUCUUUUCAUUAAUUACUUCAAAGCUUAAUUGAGUAUUACUGCUUCCAGUAGGAUCUAAUAAUAUGUGACAAGAGAUACCACUUUUUAAAGAAUAUUUAAUUAAAAUAAUGUGA